AUGCAACAUCAGUAUUGGGUGACGAAAAAAAGUGUAUUGCGUAAAUUAGGCGGCAAGGAAGACGAAUGUAUCGUGUCAUCAGACGCCGAGCUCGACGCCAAACUCGAACUCUUCAAAUCCAUAAACGAUAGCUGCGUCCAGUUACAACGAGUCAUAGACCUGUACCAGGAGCGACUUUGUUACCUGGCCCAGGAGGAAAACGCCCUCGGCCGAUACUUGAAAGAAUACGGCAAGAAUGAGAAAAACGCCAGCGCCGGACAAAUCAUGUCGACAGCUGGCAAAGCGCUGGCUUACACGGGGCACCAGAGGCUCACCGUGCGCCCCCCUCUGGUGCGCCUGCACCACGAAGUGGAGACGUUCCGCGGACGCGCCGUUUCCGACACCCGUGCCACUGUAAUCGAAAUGGAAAAGGCCCGGACGGAGUAUCGCGCCGCGUUAAGUUGGAUGAAAUCAGUCUCCACACAGUUGGAUCCAGACACGGGGCACGGCCUCGACCGGUUCCGCAAGGCGCAGUCCUAUGUAAAAAGCACCAAAACGAAGUUUGACCGACUGACGCUGGCGUGUCUCCAAAAGGUGGAUUUGCUCGCAGCGGCGCGAUGUAAUAUGUUCUCCCAUGCACUCGUGCCCUACCAGGGGGCUCUGGCCACGUUCGCGGCCAAAGCAACCGAGACGCUCACACUGGCGGCCAAUAAAGUAGGAGACGUUCAACCGUACGAUUUUAGCGCAAUCUCGGAACUGGCAACGCCGCAGCACGAAAAGGACAAAGACACGUUUUUCAACGCGGAGUACACCGACAAAGAGUCGGAGAAGAAAGACGAGAAAGGAGAAUCUCAAGACUUGCAAGUGUCGAAUUUGCUAGGAGAAGAGUUCUCAUCACCGGCUCCCGAACCGGAGCCUCCCGUCCAAGAUGGCUCAAAUCCGAGCUCGGCCUUGCUUGAUUUGUGUUGGCCGAGUAAUAGUGAUUUUCUUGGGGGCGACUUCAUGCCCUCGAAGCUCAUACAGGAGGGGAAUUUUGAUUUUAGCCAAUUGGAAAUGGGGAAGACGGACGACAAUACCAAAGAAAACGAUAAACCAAUGAAAGGCCCCGGGAAAGGGAAUGAGAAAAACGGAACUCAAAUGUCAUGGCUGAGUUUGUUUGCAGAAUUAGAUCCAUUGGCCAACGCCGACCAGGAGCUGACCAAUUCGGGCGAUAGGGCGUAAUGAUCUGAACUACGAUAUGUUUUAUUUUUAAGUAUUAUACACAGUCUUGCAUAAUGUAUAUAACAUUCCUUUGUGAUUCUUUUGCACUAGUCAUAACCAAAUUGCAUUGUUUAAACCUAUAUGAAUAAAAUGUUCACGAAAGUGA